CCAUCAAACAAGAGAGACUGGAGGAGGACGGCCCAGGGGAAUGUGGUGCCCCAAAUGAACUGAGGAUGAAUGCUCCUGAGCAUUCCACCACUCCACUGGUCGCCCGGCAACCGCAUCCCACUGAUCAGAGCAGUUUUGAGGAGGACUGGGGGUUCCAGAGUACACCACCAGGGGGUAGAGAUGAGCUCACUGACUCUAUGGAACACAACAUAGAAGUGGAACAUAGAACUAUGGGACACCACAUAGAAGUAGAACAUAGAACUAUGGGACACCACAUAGAACAGGAACAUAGAACUAUGGAACACCUAGAACUGGAACAUAGAACUCUGGAACAUGACCUCGGUAGCAGCUCACGCUGCCUGGACCAGGACCAGCCUGUAGUAGUUGAGGAGAUCCGCCUCAAGAGGGAGCCAGAGAGCCCAUGUCCAGACCUCAACCCACUACUGGGAGGAGAACCAGGCCUGGAGGUCGACCAGGGGGAUCUGGGCCAAACGUACCCCGAGUAUGCAGCACUGAACCUGGGGUACGGUGGCUUCACAGACACCUCUGGUCUAUUUUUCACUUAUUCGUCAGAAAACCAACAACACACUUCCUCCUCGACAACGACCACAGACGAUUACCCAUCGUUCCCGGGGAAACACUCCGUCACCGUCAUGCCUGGUCACCAUGGAGACCAAAGAGGAAAUGGUGGGACUGUCAGAACUCGAGCUCCCCUCAGUAAAGAGAAGGAGGGGAGGUUCGUAUGCAAACAUUGUGGGAAGGGUUUCCCCUACAUCAGCUGCCUUAAGCGGCACGCCCUCAACCACACGAGAGAGAGGAUGCAUCACUGCUCCGUGUGUGGGCGGAGCUUCAUCAGACCCAGUCACCUGAGGAGGCAUGAACUGCUGCACACGGGUGUCCGACCCUUCGCCUGCGCACUAUGUGGACGCCACUUCUCGCAUGGUGCACACCUCCAAGCUCACAUGAAGACACACACGUGAUGGAAGUGCCCUGUGUGUGAUGUAAUUGAUGUGUGAGACGUAAUUGACUUCUUGUUUUACUUAUGAUCUAAAGUUUUAUGUGGAAAGACUUGACCAGUUUUACAAAGGGGGAUUCCACGUAGAAUCAAGAGUUCAAUACAUACAGUAGACAUCUGUUCUGUGAAUUGGCCUUUAUUGUAGCCUGCUGUGUUGCUAGGCAGUUUCUGAGUAAAAUGCUGAUGGUUGAGA